AUGGAUCUGAGAUAUUGGCCUGCCAAAGUUGGUGGCUUUGAGCCUCCCAAAAAGAUUAUCAUCUUUCUCCCAGGCAAUCCGGGUCUCCUCGACUACUACCCACCCUUCCUCAACCACCUCCACUCUCUCCUGCCGCCGAAUCACGCUAUUCUUGCAACAUCACACAUAGGACACUCCAUAUCGGUCCCCGGGCCUACAGUCCCACUUACCUUGAAACAGCAAAUCGACAGCAAAGUAGAGCUCGUCCAGUCCGUCAAGGCUUACUUGGCGGGUUGGGCUAGAGAGAGAGAAUGCUCAAAAUCAGAGAUCUCUCUGGUGGGACACUCUGUGGGGGCGUAUAUGGCUUGCGAGGUGAUGAAAAGGGUCAACUCCAGACACGAAAGAGUGAUCGACUCUGGAAUCAUUCUUUUCCCUACUCUGGGUUGGAUCGCGGACACUUGGAAUGGGUGGAUGCUUUGGCCUAUUUUUCACCGCCCCAUAAAACCUCUACUUCCCCUGGUAUCUCCACUUUUGCGCCCUCUGAUUUCCUUCAUGUCCCUCCCACCGACCAGCCGCUCCUUCCUCCUGUCUCCGCCGGUCAUACAAGAUGUUCUGGCUCUAGCUUCCGACGAAAUGAAAGAAAUCAAAGAGCUUGAUUUGAUAUGGUUCAAAUCGCAAGGACUGGAUCUAGGACGCUCUGAGAAGGGUUUGUUCGGAGUCUGGGCGGCGGGAAAAGGAGAUAGUUGGGUGGGUAGAGAUGGGCCUCUGGUCCAAGACUGUCUGGGAGGGACAGAAGGUGGCAGGGUAAAGGUGCUCGAACAGGUCCCACAUGCUUUCUGCCUCACCCAGGAGCAUUCAGAGCUUAUGGCACAACUCGUGGCUGCCGCUGUAUCAGACGGUGGCUGGACCUCAGACGAUGCUACACUUGCGGGGCCAGCUGACAAGGCCCCUAUCGGAUCGAACAUCGUUCCGAUGUAG